GUGAAAAUUGAACCUGAUCGUUAAAAGGAGGGGAUGAUGUUCUCAUAACAAAUAAUCAUUUGCUCCCUCACACAAACUGAUACGAGCGAAUCAAAGAAACUCCUGUGGCGGCUAGCUCCCAACUCCCAGCCUCUUAUGCGUUUAUUAUCAUAACAAUAGCAAGAGUAGUAUCAUCUAUCACAUCACUCUCUCUACACUUCUGUAGUUCUAUAUUUACAUUCAUUUCUGUUGAGUUUGAGCUGACGAGCGAUGCCAGUAAACUCUGUCACGAAUGCUCAUUCGCAACUGUUGUACGGAAAUGGACAAGUUGCUGGAAACAAAGACAGAGGAGGACUGGUUUUCGUUGACAUAUGCGGAAAAUCUAGCCAACGGAGUCGCCGGCGAGCUGGAGCGGCUAUGUGGACUGACCGGAAAGUGCCGCGGAGUUUGGUGACGAGGAACUGGAACUCGAUUCAGGCAGUUCUCCAUUCGGAAAGCGAGCGCGUCAAAGCAAAUGCUUCUACGCAGCAAUCCGCCGACAUCGCACCGAAGGUUGCAUCUUUGGAUGACAUCAUAUCUGAAAGAGGGGCAUGUGGUGUUGGCUUUAUUGCUAACUUAGAUAAUAAAGGAUCACAUGAGGUUGUUAAAGAUGCUCUAGUAGCUCUUGGCUGCAUGGAACAUCGUGGAGGUUGUGGAGCAGAUAAUGUUUCUGGUGAUGGGUCUGGAGUGAUGACUUCAAUCCCUUGGGGCCUUUUUGAUAAGUGGGCUGAAACACAUGGAAUGUCAACCUUUGACAAGUUGCAUACUGGUGUGGGAAUGAUUUUCCUUCCUAAGGAUGAUGACAUGUUGAAUGCAGCAAAAGCAGUUAUCUCAAGUGUUUUUAACGAGGAAGGCCUUGAAGUGCUUGGGUGGAGGUCUGUUCCGGUGGAAACUGAUAUAGUUGGAUAUUAUGCAAGAGAAACGAUGCCCAACAUACAACAAGUUUUUGUUAGAAUUGUGAAAGAAGAAAAUGCCGAUGACAUUGAAAGGGAACUGUAUAUAUGUCGUAAAUUAAUUGAACGAGCAGCCACAGCUAAUUCAGGAACCUGGGGAAAUGAACUCUAUUUCUGCUCAUUGUCCAACAAAACAAUUGUAUAUAAGGGAAUGCUUCGGUCAGAGGUUCUUGGGAGAUUUUACAAUGACCUGCAAAAUGAUCUUUAUAAAUCUCCUUUUGCUAUUUAUCACAGGAGAUACAGUACAAACACUAGUCCCAGGUGGCCACUUGCUCAACCAAUGAGGUUUUUGGGUCACAAUGGAGAGAUCAACACAAUACAGGGUAAUUUGAACUGGAUGCGGUCUAGAGAGACAUCUUUAAAGUCUCCUGUUUGGCGUGGUCGUGAAAAUGACCUUCGUCCUUUUGGAAACUCAAAAGCCUCUGACUCCGCUAAUCUUGACAGUGCAGCCGAAUUGUUAAUAAGGAGUGGGCGCACUCCUGAUGAAGCUCUGAUGAUUCUUGUUCCUGAGGCAUACCAGAAUCAUCCGACUUUAACUAUCAAAUAUCCUGAGGUGGUCAGUUUUUAUGAUUACUACAAGGGUCAAAUGGAAGCUUGGGAUGGGCCUGCCUUACUCUUAUUUAGUGAUGGAAAAACAGUCGGAGCUUGUCUUGAUCGUAAUGGACUUCGCCCUGCCAGAUACUGGAGGACAAUAGACAAUGUUGUCUACGUUGCAUCUGAGGUUGGUGUUUUGCCAAUGGAUGAAUCCAAGAUAACAAUGAAAGGGCGUCUAGGUCCUGGAAUGAUGAUAACCGUUGAUCUUCAAAGUGGUCAGGUACUUGAAAACACCGAAGUCAAAAAACGAGUUGCACUAUCAAAUCCUUAUGGAAAGUGGGUCAAGGAAAACUUACGAUCAUUGAAGCAUGUAAACUUCCUUCCAAAUGUGGUUAUGGACCCUGAAACAAUUCUAAGGCAUCAGCAGGCAUAUGGGUAUUCUAGUGAGGAUGUUCAAAUGGUUAUUGAGACUAUGGCUGCACAAGGGAAGGAAUCUACAUUUUGCAUGGGAGAUGAUAUACCUUUGGCUGUGUUAUCUUCCAAGCCUCAUAUGCUAUUUGAUUAUUUCAAGCAGAGGUUUGCUCAGGUCACGAAUCCCGCAAUUGAUCCCCUUAGAGAGGGAUUAGUUAUGUCUCUUGAAGUCCAUCUUGGGAAGCGAGGAAAUAUACAAGAGGUUGGGCCUGAAAAUGCCUCUCAGGUUAAUUUGUCAUGUCCUGUGCUUAAUGAAGGAGAGUUAGAAUCACUUUUGAAAGAUCCACUCUUGAAGCCUCAAAUAUUACCCGCGUUUUUUAAUGUUGGAAAAGGAGUAUAUGGUUCCUUGGAAAAGGCACUGUACAGACUUUGUGAAGCAGCAGAUCAAGCUGUUAGAAAUGGUUCUCAAUUGCUUGUUCUCUCUGACAGGGAUGAUGAGCUGGUAGCUGCACGGCCUGCAAUUCCAAUACUUCUUGCUGUAGGUGCAGUUCACCAGCACUUGAUUCACAAUGGCCUGCGUAUGUCUGCUUCUAUUGUUGUUGAUACUGCUCAGUGCUUCAGUACUCAUCAGUUCGCUUGCUUGAUAGGAUAUGGUGCAAGUGCCAUAUGCCCAUACUUGGCAUUGGAGACAUGUCGUCAGUGGCGCUUGAGCAACAAAACUAUGAACCUGAUGCGUAACGGGAAGAUGCCCACUGUUACUAUUGAACAAGCUCAAAAGAAUUUCUGUAAGGCUAUAAAUUUCGGGCUUCUCAAGAUUCUUUCCAAAAUGGGCAUUUCACUGCUUUCGAGUUACUGUGGAGCACAAAUAUUUGAAAUAUAUGGACUGGGAAAGGAUGUUGUCGAUAUUGCAUUUUGUGGGAGCAAAUCAAGUAUUGGCGGCUUGACUUUGGAUGAGCUGGCAAGGGAGACCUUGUCAUUCUGGGUUAAGGCUUUCUCUGAAGAUACUGCAAAAAGACUUGAAAAUUACGGGUUCAUACAGUUCAGACCAGGAGGGGAAUAUCAUGGAAAUAAUCCAGAGAUGUCAAAACUGCUCCAUAAAGCUGUACGCCAAAAGAGUGGAAGUGCUUAUUCAGUUUAUCAGCAGCAUUUGGCAAAUCGACCUGUAAACGUUCUUCGGGACCUACUGGAACUGAAAAGCAAUCGUUCCCCUAUUCCGGUUGGAAGGGUUGAACCUGCUUCGUCGAUUGUGAAGCGAUUUUGCACUGGCGGCAUGUCUCUUGGAGCUAUAUCUAGGGAAACCCAUGAAGCCAUUGCAAUUGCAAUGAAUAGGAUUGGCGGGAAAUCAAAUUCGGGAGAGGGUGGGGAGGAUCCGAUCCGCUGGAAGCCCCUUACUGAUGUUGUUGAUGGGUACUCUUCAACACUUCCACACCUCAGGGGCCUUCAAAAUGGAGAUACCGCAACUAGUGCAAUAAAGCAGGUUGCUUCUGGCCGCUUUGGUGUCACUCCAACAUUUUUAGCCAAUGCUGAUCAAUUAGAAAUUAAAAUUGCACAAGGGGCAAAACCUGGUGAAGGUGGUCAAUUGCCUGGGAAAAAAGUCAGUGCUUAUAUUGCAAGACUGAGAAAUUCAAAACCUGGUGUCCCGCUGAUAUCCCCACCACCACACCAUGACAUUUAUUCUAUUGAGGAUCUAGCACAGUUAAUUUAUGACCUCCAUCAGGUUAAUCCCAAAGCUAAAGUUUCUGUAAAACUUGUGGCAGAAGCUGGUAUUGGUACUGUGGCCUCUGGGGUUGCAAAGGGUAAUGCUGACAUCAUUCAGAUAUCAGGCCAUGAUGGAGGGACUGGGGCAAGCCCAGUGAGUUCAAUAAAACAUGCUGGUGGUCCCUGGGAACUUGGGCUCACAGAAACACACCAGACACUCAUUGAAAAUGGUCUGAGAGAGAGAGUUGUUCUUAGAGUUGAUGGUGGCUUUAAAAGUGGAUUUGAUGUUAUGAUGGCUGCGGCAAUGGGAGCUGACGAGUAUGGUUUUGGUUCUGUAGCAAUGAUUGCCACUGGUUGUAUUAUGGCCCGCAUUUGUCACACAAACAAUUGUCCAGUUGGUGUUGCAAGCCAGAGAGAAGAACUACGAGCUCGAUUUCCAGGUGUACCUGGCGACCUCGUGAAUUUCUUUUUAUAUGUUGCUGAAGAGGUAAGAGGCAUUCUAGCAGAAAUGGGAUAUGAGAAACUUGAUGACGUUAUUGGACGGAGAGAACUAUUAAGACCUCGAGAUAUCUCUUUAAUGAAAACUCAGCAUCUUGACCUCAGCCACAUACUUUCUGAAGUGGGUGUACCCACAUGGAGCAGUACUAUGAUAAGGAACCAGGAGGUUCAUAGUAAUGGUCCUGUUCUGGAUGAUGUUUUACUCUCUGACCCUGAGGUAUCUGAUGCAAUUGAGAACCAGAAGGUGGUCAAUAAAACAAUGCAGAUCUAUAAUAUAGACCGUGCUGUUUGCGGUCGUAUAGCGGGUGUUAUCGCGAAGAAAUAUGGUGAAACUGGUUUUACUGGGCAGCUUAAUAUAUCAUUCACAGGGAGUGCUGGGCAGUCGUUUGGUUGCUUUUUGACAUCUGGAAUGAAAAUCCGUCUUGUGGGAGAAGCUAAUGAUUAUGUGGGAAAGGGUAUGGCUGGAGGAGAACUAGUUGUCACUCCUGUUGAAAAUACUGGGUUUUAUCCAGAGGAUGCCACUAUAGUAGGCAAUACAUGCUUAUAUGGAGCAACUGGUGGGCAGAUGUUUGUAAGGGGGAAAGCAGGGGAGCGUUUUGCUGUUAGAAACUCUCUUGCUCAAGCAGUCGUGGAAGGCACUGGGGACCAUUGUUGCGAGUACAUGACGGGAGGCUGUGUUGUUGUGCUUGGAAAGGUGGGUAGAAAUGUGGCAGCAGGUAUGACAGGAGGUCUAGCAUACAUUCUCGAUGAGGAUGAUACGCUUAUUCCCAAGGUAAACAAGGAAAUUGUAAAGAUUCAGAGAGUAAUGGGUCCGGUGGGACAGAUGCUGCUAAAGAACCUUAUCAAGGCUCAUGUGGAAAAAACUGGGAGCAGCAAAGGAUCUGCAGUUCUGAAGGAGUGGGAUAAAUAUUUACCGCUGUUUUGGCAGCUGGUUCCACCUAGCGAAGAAGAAACUCCGGAGGCGUAUGCUGAGUAUGGACAGGUAGCAUCUGGGCAGUAAAAAAGGAUCAGCGUUUCAACUUCUAUUUGGAUUUGAAUCUUACCAACAACUCCAACAAGGCAACAAGUAUACACAUAUUGCAUCAAUGCAUGGGUGGAACUCACUGUGUCGAAAAAAACAAGAGUAUUAUUUUUAAUCUCUAUAAGCUCCUUUGGAUCUUACUCCCAUCUUGUUCAUGAAAGUGUAUUAUUACUUGUUGAAGUAUUCUUUUAAUUGGAUUGAUUGCUUUUGGUUUACUUAAGCAUGAUUUGGUGUGACAGAUGUUUGUUUGUGUAUUUUAUUAUUGUCAAAGUUUGAUCAAUUUAAGUCUAGUUUGGUUUGGGAUUGAAAUGAGUCCAAUUGAAAACAUUCAAAAUUUCAUAUUUUGAUAUUUACACAAGUGUUAUUACAAUGUUUCCUUUGGGGCAUAAGAAAAUAG